CUCCAGAAAUGCUGCAUCAUCGUUCUUCCGUUCCGCUCAGCCUCGGUAUCUUUUGUGUCACCGUUGAGUGACCCCCGGUAGUUCGGGUAUCCCCAUCAUCCCCGGGCGGACCUAGGCGGUAAGGUAGUACAUCUAUAAGGGGUAGAUCAGCGUCUCUGUCCAGACCUCACACGCGCGGCUGACUGAAUUUCUUGCAAUCGGUUGUCCAGUUAUUAACUGACUACUUUGAUCUCCUCUAGCUUCCAAAUACAAUCUCUAUCACACAGACCAUCACCAUGGACGUUCAGCAGUUGUUCAACGUCAAGGGCAAAGUCGUGCUGGUCACUGGUGGCGCCAAAGGAAUCGGUCGGAUGAUCUCAGAAGGCUUCGUAAAGAACGGCGCCACUGUGUAUAUCUCGUCGCGAGAUGCCAAGUCUUGCGAUAAAGCUGUAAACGAGCUCAAUGCACUUGGCACGGGCAAGGCUUAUGCUAUCCCUGCCAAUUUCUACCAAGAGGAGGAAGUCAAAAGAUUGGCCGAAGAGAUUGCUAAGCGCGAGAGCAAGCUGCAUGUUCUUGUCAACAACUCUGGGUCCAAUUGGGGUGCCCCGUACGAUGAAUACCCUUCGUCUGCUUGGACACGAGUUCUCACUCUCAAUCUUCAUCGGGUAUUCGACCUCACCAAGCUUCUCACCCCUCUACUGGAGAAGGCCGGUUCAUCUGGCGACCCGGCUCGCAUUAUCAACAUCGGUAGCAUCGAUGGCAUAAGGGUUCCAGCUCUGGAAACCUUUGCAUACAGUGCCAGUAAAGCUGGAUUGCACCAUUUGAGUCGUGUUUUGGCACACCACCUUGGAAGACGGAACAUCACAUCAAACUCUCUGGCCUGUGGCCCAUUUGAGAGCAAGAUGAUGGCUGCCACAUUGGAAGCACAUCGGGAGACAAUCGAGGGAAGUAUUCCUUUGGGUCGUAUUGGUACCCCCGAGGAUGUUGCAGGAGCGUGCUUGUUCUUGAGCAGCCGCGCCGGCUCGUAUGUGAAUGGCGCGACAAUCACCCUGGAUGGUGGUAGCGCAAUCACAGCGAAGCUCUGAAUUGUAAGCUGUAAGCAAGAUGGAAUGGAUAUUUGGGGUAAAUGGAAGUAUGUGUAUGCAAUGUAGAUUUGAUCUAAGCCUACAUGCAGAAGGUCCAACCUAACCAGUUAUUUGUUCCCAUUAAACUUUCUGAACCGAGGUAGACCUGGCAGUCCGUGCCCAAGUCAUGCAAUGAAAUUGUUCAAACUGAGU